AUGGAAGGAAUUUCCAAAUUAGACUUUCUAGUGAAAACCCUUGAUAGCAGGGAAAGAGACAAACAUUUCAUUGAGAAAAAUAGAAACCUGAUUGUUCCGAAUAUUGCAGCAAAUGACAGAUAUAUUGCCAAAUCGAUAAAAUAGCAUGUCAAGAAGAGUCAGUCGAAGAACAUUAACGAUGAAGUCUGGAGCGAAGCUUAGAAAGGUUGUAAACUAUAGUAACAAAGAUGGUAGAAUAAGCUCUCAAGACUACAAAGAACAACUUCCUGAAAUAAUUUCUUCAAAAAUGGAUAUCUCAAUAUUAAAACAAAAACUUAAUAGUCCUAGGGAUAUCUUCCAUAAUGAGAGUUUAAAGACAGUUUCUGAGCGGAGAUUAGAAAGAAAGAACCAUAUUUCCAAGUUGUGCAAAAAGCUGCGCAAGCACCAGCAGAAUGAAACUUUCGAGACGAGCCCGACCACAAUUCUUGAGUUAAAAUCAGGUAGUACUCGUACUUGUUCCAAAUAAAAAUUCAGAUUUGCCUCCUGCUAAUCCAGCAAACUUCGCACCUGUUGGUUCUAAGCUUAACACAAGCUUGAACAGGUUCCAGCUUUUAAAUGAGGUUAAGCUGGAUUACUCCAAAGUUAAGCGAAUCAACUUUAACAGCUAUUCUAAUGCAGCCAAGUUCCUGAAAAAUCAUAAAGAAGAAAAGGAUGCCAACCAACUGAUUCAGAGCCUUAAGGUACACAAGAGGAAAACUUCCAUGCAUGAAGCAGAGAAGAAUGAGAGAAGGGAACUUGAACAGGCCAGAAAUAGGACCCAAGCAGUCCAAAUUAUACCCUUCCAUGUCAAGCUCAGCCCCAAUACAACCCAGAAGAAUUUUGAGAUUUAUGGGCAACAGAUCAGUCCUGUGAGGGAAAAACAAAUGCAAAAGAACCAAGCCAUGCUAGAAAAGCUAGGAUUGAUGAAGAACAUAACUGAUGAAGAGGAUUCCCAAAGCGAAGAUAAUGAUAAAGAGCCAAAAUUUAAAGGACUGAGUGAUACAAAAUAAAGACAUAGAUAUUAAAAAGAAAACUCAUCUCUUUCCAUUUGAAAUAUCGCACAAUGACCAUUUCCCUGAAGAUAAGAAAGUGAUUCCUUUACGUCCAAUGAAAACGAGUGGUUUCUUUGGCUCCCAAAAACUUUUCGAAGCUGCUAAAAAUGGAUACCACCUCAAAGUACAAGAUAAUAAUUAUCAAAGCCUCAAAAAUGCAAUCCAUGAUACAAAAAUCAUUGAAGAAUUAAAGAAUACGAGAUUGGACCCUGGAAAUAUUUUAUUUUCUAAUUUCCAAUAA